UCCCCCACCUGGAAGGGCUAUUCCUUUGUGUUGGAAAAGAUGCCUCUAGCAUAGACACGGCUUCAGUUCAGGCAGCGGACAGAUGGGGGCGGCAGUGGGAUAGUGUGAGAAGAAGAAGCUUCCCCUCCCUUCCUCCUUCAGGACCUGAGCGAGAGUGAAAGAAUUCCCCCCGCCCCUUGGCGGGGGGGGGGAGAGGAGGCGGGCCGUGACGCAGCCGUUGCCGGCCGGUCUAUAGAAAUAGCGGCGCCGGGCAGAAGAGGCUCACACACACUUCUAGCGAGUGAGUCGUUCCCAUUUGGGUGUCUGUAGCGCGUCCUCGAGAAGGGCACCCGAGGCAGCGAAGGUGCAGCCAGCCAGCCCUCCCUCCCUCCCCUCUUGCCAAUUGAUUCCCCCGGGAUUGAAGCGGACUGUCCUGCCUCCCCCCCUCCGCAAGGGAAACGCAAUUAAAAGCCGGACUCCUCCGUGUGUCGUGUGCGCAUCGAUUAGAGGCCCGAAGAGACUUGGGGAGUUCCUAGAGUUCUGCAAGGGAGCCAGCUCUCUGCCCCAGCCCGGCUUCUGUUCCUUUUGGGGGGCAUCUCCGGCCUCGCCUCCGGCUGCAUCCUCAACCCAAAGUGGAUCCGGGGCGUAUCCAGAGCUUUGCUUCGAAAAUGCCCAUGGAGUUGACCCAAAGCCGGAUCCAAAAGAUUUGGCUCCCACCGGACAAUCACCCGGCGCUGCCCCAUAGAUCAUGCGGUCCGCAGCUUACGAAUUCCCCCACCGUGAUUGUUAUGGUUGGCCUCCCAGCUCGAGGGAAGACCUACAUCUCUAAGAAACUGACCCGCUACCUCAACUGGAUUGGCGUCCCAACAAAAGUGUUCAAUGUUGGAGAGUAUCGCCGCGAGGCAGUGAAACAUUACAGCUCCUACAACUUCUUUCGUCCCGACAACGAGGAGGCUAUGAAAGUCCGCAAGCAAUGUGCCUUAUCUGCUUUGAGAGAUGUCAAACUUUACUUGUCGGAGGAAGGUGGUCAGAUUGCGGUUUUUGAUGCCACGAACACGACACGGGAACGGAGAGCCAUGAUUUUGCAUUUUGCCAAAGAAAAUGGAUACAAGGUGUUCUUCAUUGAAUCUGUCUGCAAUGACCCGAAUGUUGUUGCUUCCAACAUCAUGGAAGUCAAAUUGUCCAGCCCAGACUAUAAGGACUGCAACUCGACUGACGCCAUGGAAGAUUUCAUGAAGAGAAUCAGCUGUUACCAAUCUAGCUACCAGCCGCUCGACCCGGAUGACUACGAUAGAGAGCUUUCGCUCAUCAAAGUGAUCGACGUUGGCCGGAGGUACCUGGUGAACAGGGUCCAAGACCACAUCCAGAGCCGGAUCGUCUACUACCUGAUGAACAUCCACGUCCAGCCCCGUACCAUUUACUUGUGCCGGCAUGGCGAGAGCGAAUCCAACCUCAAAGGGAAGAUCGGAGGAGACUCGGGGCUCUCGAACAGGGGCAAGAAGUUUUCCAGUGCACUGAAGCACUUUGUUCAGGAGCAGAACCUGAAAGACCUCAAAGUUUGGACCAGCCAACUGAAGAAGACGAUCCAAACAGCAGAAGCUCUUGAGCUGCCCUACGAACAGUGGAAGGCACUGAACGAAAUUGAUGCUGGUGUGUGUGAAGAGAUGACUUACGAUGAAAUCAAGGAGAAGUACCCCGAAGAAUUCGCCUUGCGUGACCAGGACAAAUACUAUUACCGUUACCCAUCUGGGGAGUCCUACCAAGAUCUGGUGCAGCGCCUGGAGCCGGUCAUCAUGGAGCUGGAGAGGCAGGAGAAUGUACUUGUCAUCUGCCACCAGGCUGUGAUGAGGUGCCUCUUGGCUUACUUCCUGGACAAGAGCGCAGAGGAAAUGCCUUACUUGAAAUGUCCCCUUCACACAGUGCUGAAGCUGACCCCCGUGGCCUAUGGUUGCAGAGUUGAAUCCAUCUUUUUGAACGUUGAAGCUGUGAACACACACCGAGACAGACCAGAGGAUGCAAAGAAGGGACCUAACACCCUCAUGAGACGCAAUAGCGUUACCCCUCUAGCGAGCCCAGAACCCACCAAAAAACCUCGCAUCAACAGCUUUGAGGAGCAUGUGGCUUCUGCUGCUUCUGCUGCCCUGCCCAUCUGUAUGUCCCAGGAGGUGCCCACUCCGCUGCCUGGACAAGUUGGUUACAUUCUUUCGUUGCCUUUACUGGGGAAAGCCUGCCUGUGGCCUGUUUGUCACCUUUUCAAACUUUUUGCUUUACUAAUAUUUCCAAGAACCUGAACAGCCCCCGCAAGCAAUCGUGACUUUCUCCAGCUGAGACCUGGAAAAACCGCCAGCAGAAGCCCGGUUCCAUCACGCGGCCCAUCUCUACAGUAUGUCACCGCUCGACUUGAGUUCAGCCUUGGUUGAAAUCUUCAUAGCCGUUCAUCUGCCUAACUUGGACUUAACAGAACUGGUGGGGGGUGGGGAGGGGAGAAAGAAAACUGGAGAGCAGCAGAAAGAGAACACUGAAUGUAAAACUGUGGUUCCAACACUUCCGAUGUUUCAGCUAUUCUUUUGUUUUACUCCAGGUUUGGGGUAGACCGUAGCAGGCCCCAGAUGACUUCUUUGCACACAAUACUAAGUGGGUUUAUUAUUAUUAUUAUUAUUUUUUAAUUAUUAUUUUAUUAUUGCUGUUAUGUUUAAUUUCUAAAGUGCUACAGUUGCCUUGCAGAGAAAGGAAAAGGUACUGUGCUACUCUUGAUGUAUGUAAAUAGAUGGUGUUAGUGUGUGGUUCAGGGAGGAUUGUCACUAGAAAAGAGCAGAAAGGCACCUCUCUGCAAACCCUGCACAUUGAGUCUCACGGCUUUGUGUAUUACCCCCUCGUCCCCACCUGUAUUCCCAGUAACAGGGAUUCCCAGAUGUUGACGACAACUGCCAUCAUCUCCCAGCUGAAGGACACCAGCUGGGGAUGCUGGGAGUUGUAGUCAACAACAUCUGGGAGUAUCUGUUACAAGGAACACUGGUCCCCACCCUGGGGCAGAAAAAUGGUAGAGGCAUACCUGAAGAAUCUAUUGCUGCUUUAUUUAUUAGUAUUAUUUUUUAAAACCCUCUGUUGAUUUUUUAGCAAGAAAUAAUCCAACCAAGCGUGUAUCUUUUUCUGAACGUCAAAAGGGCAUGCAGAGAAUUCCCUAACGUGGCUGUCCUUUGCUUCUGUACUUUAAACCACUUGUGGAUGAAUAGCCGAUGGCAGUUUUGAAAUCUUAUUUUUUGAUUGACUGCAGAGGGGGAGGGCAGUGGAUUCCAAGGGGCAAAUCCAUUUCAUUUUGUUUGUAAGUUGUCACCCCACCCCCACUCUAAGCUAGAGGUUCUCAACAGUGGGUCCACGAAUGCUGGACUACGACUCCCAUCAUCCUCUGGCCACUGCUGUUGGGGGUGAUGGGAGUUGUAGUCCAACAACAUCUGAGCACCUAAGGCAGAGAACUUGAGUCCUAGCUCAUUUAUUUUCCUUCCAGUGUAUUAGACAUACACACACACACCCUUCACCUCUCACUCAUGCAGGAAGACCAGGUUUUUGUGCACCUCUUUGCGUGUCUUCACCAGCGGAGGUGACCGCUCUCCAAAAGGCUGCACGAGGCUGCGACGCUGUUCCUUGCAGCCUCCGUGCGGCAUCGGCACACACAUGGCUGGUGCGCACGAGUAGGAGGCACCGAACCGGCUUGUGCACAUCCCUAACUCCUCCUGCAUAUCCGUGGCAAGAAUCUCUUUUGGUUAUUGGCAGCAUGACUACUUACUCGGGCUGUGCCACUUGCGCCCAACUUUUGCCUGUUGGUUCCAAACGAAAACCAUGCCCUCAUUCUUCUUGGGCUGGCUGAUCCAGCAGAGAGCAGAAAGCUGCCGAUUCUGUUUCACAAGGCUGCUUCCGCUGCUCUGCUUUUCCAGAGUCCUGCGGGGACUCACUUGCGUCUGUCACCCCUGCAUUUGGAAACCACAGAAGAAUGGGAGAGGGUCCUGGCUCACUCAGCAAUACCCGUGUCUUCCCUCACUCCAUACAUCCUCCUCCUCCUCUUCUUGUUGGUUUUUAGAUCCAGGCGUGACUUGAGGGUGCAGUCCGGUGGCUUUCAGAUGUCCCCUGCUGAAAGCAGCCCAUAAUAUUAACAGCAAGACCAAGUGUGGCGUAUUCACCUUUUGGAAAUUGCCGAGGAGCUUUGCUCUUUUGGGAAGCCCCCUUCUUGACCAUCUGUAGGCCUUUUGUGUGCGUGCACGUGUGUGUGUGUGUUGAGUGAUGAUUGGUGUGUCGCUGCAUUUCUGUGGAAAUGUGUACAAGCAAGCCUGCCUUCUUUCGGAUCAGAACUCCAGGCGACGUGAUCUUUCGCUGUCUGCCUCUUCUUGCUUUUCAAGCUCUUCCAGAAUGGGACACAAGCAAUCGGGGGUUGGGAACCGCCUUGCACGGUCCCAUUAGUCAAGAAGCUGCAAGGCACAGAGUGGGACUUCAAGGUGAAAACAGUCCUGCCCUCAGCCCUUCCCUGGUUUCCCCCUUUCCAACCUCCUUGCUUCAGGUUAGGGCUACUAGGGAAGAUUUUCUAGGCUAGUCCCAUGAGAUCCAACAAAUUGACUCUGUUUGGACGGGGCAGCUCUUUUGGGAGAGGGUAGGGGGCAAGUGGUUGGCUUCAGGAAGGCCAGCAGCCAGGUGCCUUGCGUGCCAGCCUCGUGCCAUAACCGAGUGCUUGUGAGUUUUGUGAAAAUGAAAACGAAAGCCGCACCAAAGGGAGCCGCUCUUACCUGUGUCUGACCCCUGCGAGUUGUCGUUGGGGGUUUGCGAUGCGAGUUGUUUUAUACAUGUAUAUUAGUGGAAGGAUGCUUCUGUAUUUUUUAGUUAUAUUUUCUAAAAAGCAUUCUUGGGUAUUUCUGAGUGCAUUCGUUGGCGUGUGUGUGAGUUGUUUUUCUGCAUCAGCUUAACUUUCAGGGGUUUCUCUCUCUCUCUCUCUCUCUCUCUCCCUCCUCCCCCCUUCCCUUUAAAGAGAGUAAUUUUUAGAGAGUGAGUGACUUUUAUCUUGUACAUAGCAAGUGGUUCCCCCCACCUGCCACAGCUAGAUAAACCAGCUGCAGACACAUGUGCGACAUCUUGCGCUGCAUGAUAAACAUGGUUCUGCACACUGGCCUCCACUUGGCUAUAUAAAUCUAUUGUGAGCUGGAAAGAGAUGGGAAUUCAAAAACUAUUAACAGGAUUUCUUUACAGCAGAGGUUCUCAGCCUCAGUUGCCCCGAUGCUGUUGGACUACAGCUCCCAUCACCCCAGCAUUGUGGCUGGGGAUGAUGGGAGUUGUAGUCCAACAGCAUCUGGGCAGCCAAGGCUGGGAACCUGGGCAUAACGAAAAGGGAAUCCUGGAACAAGAUGACUUAUUCCUGCUUCAGCCAGUUAGCCUGAGGGGGCGUGUGGAUUCUUCUGUGCGAUCAGUGCUCAACAUCCUAGCAUUGGGUGGCUGGGGAAAGGCAAUUUAAAACCACGCCAAUGACUCAUUCUUUGUGUGUGUUUUUUCCUUGAUACUUGAAUUUAUAUUUUUAUUGGUUUUUUUGAUAGCAAAUUGCUAUUUAUUUAUUUAACUGAUGUUGCAGAGCUGAGAUAAAAGGAGUCGUCCCCCCACCCUCGACUUAUGUGAUAUUAAUUCUGUAUAUAUGUGUCGGGAAUGAUUUUUUGGGGUUUUGUUUUGGUUUUGCCUGAAAUGAAACAGGACCAGCUUAUAAGACAGGUCUGCCUUUUGGAAAUUUGUAUAUUUUGCAGUUGCUGGACCAAUUAAAAUACCUUAUUGAAAUAGAA